AUGGCUCUUGCAAUCGUCCUGGGUCUUGCCUCCCUUGCACUAGCUGCGCCUUCCCUCGUCGCUCGCCAGGCUAUCACGUCUUUGACGACUGCUCAAGUCAGCGCCUUCAAGCCAUUCUCAUUCUAUGCGUCUGCUGCCUAUUGCUCGCCAGCCUCAACCCUCGCCUGGAAUUGUGGUUCAAAUUGUGCUGCAAACGCUGGUUUCAAGCCUGUUGCAUCUGGCGGGAACGGAAAUUCUGUGCAAUUUUGGUAUGUGGGCUAUGACCCCACUCUUGCGACUGUCAUCGUUGGGCACCAAGGGACGGAUCCUUCCGAGAUUCUGUCUCUUGUGACGGAUGCUAAAUUCUUCCUCAAAAGUCUGAAUUCAACAUUGUUUCCUGGCGUUAGUAGUUCUGUUGAGGGUCACAGUGGAUUUGUGGACGAACAAGCGCUAACGGCGUCGUCGGUUCUUGCCGCUGUAAAGACUGCCAUUUCACGGUUCAGUGCAAAGAAGGUGACCAUCGUUGGUCACAGUCUCGGUGGCGCGAUUGCUCUUCUGGACUCGGUCUACCUCCCACUUCAUAUCUCCGGGGUGACCUUCAGGACGAUUACAUACGGCAUGCCACGUGUUGGAAACCAAGCAUUCGCCGACCUCGCCAGCGUCGGUAGCACUGUCACGCACAUCAACAACAAGGAGGAUCUCGUCCCGAUCUUGCCUGGUAGAAGUUUAGGAUUCCAUCACCCGACAGGUGAAAUCCAUAUCCAGGACUCGGGUGUUUGGGAUAGCUGCCCUGGUCAGGACAACACCAGCGAUCUGUGUACCACAGGAGACGUAGGCAAUAUUUUUGAAGGCAAUUCUGACGACCAUGACGGUCCCUACGACGGAGUAACGAUGGGUUGUUGA